UGAAUUGCGUGGCGAAGGGAAGAGAGGGGGUAAGAGAAACGCAGCAUCUUACCGUAAUAAUAGCAGCAGCGCACGAACGAAGAGUGCAAACAAUGCUCUCUUCUAUCUUCCUUCACAAUCCACCACUCUAACCUUCCUUUUGCUUCGAUCUAAUUGGCAGGUGCUAAAGAUUAUAAAAAUGGACAGGUCAACUGGCCGCAGUGGUGGUGGAAGUGUGGACACGUUUCUACCAAAUUAUAAGUUGGGGAAAACACUUGGCAUUGGAUCCUUUGGCAAGGUGAAAAUUGCCGAACACGUACUGACUGGUCAUAAAGUUGCUAUAAAGAUCCUUAACCGCCAGAAGAUAAGAAACAUGGAAAUGGAAGAAAAAGUUAGAAGGGAAAUCAAAAUUUUAAGAUUGUUUAUGCAUCAUCACAUUAUACGACUUUACGAGGUCAUAGAAACCCCAUCAGACAUAUUUGUUGUUAUGGAGUACGUGAAAUCUGGAGAGCUCUUUGAUUACAUAGUGGAGAAGGGUAGGUUGCAAGAGGACGAAGCCCGCCAUUUUUUUCAGCAGAUAAUUUCUGGUGUGGAGUACUGUCACAGGAAUAUGGUGGUUCAUAGAGACUUGAAGCCUGAGAAUUUACUUUUGGACUCCAAAUUUAAUAUCAAGAUUGCUGAUUUUGGCUUGAGCAAUAUCAUGCGUGAUGGUCACUUCCUUAAGACAAGUUGUGGAAGCCCUAACUAUGCGGCUCCAGAGGUUAUCUCGGGGAAAUUGUAUGCUGGACCUGAAGUAGAUGUCUGGAGCUGUGGUGUAAUUUUAUAUGCUCUUCUCUGUGGCACUCUUCCUUUUGAUGAUGAAAACAUUCCCAAUCUUUUCAAAAAGAUAAAGGGUGGGAUAUACACUCUUCCUAGUCAUCUGUCACCUGGUGCUAGAGAUUUGAUUCCAAGGAUGCUUGUGGUGGAUCCCAUGAAGAGGAUGACAAUACCUGAGAUACGUCAUCACCCAUGGUUCCAAGUUCGUCUGCCACGUUAUUUAGCAGUGCCACCACCAGAUACACUGCAACAAGCCAAAAAGAUUGACGAGGAGAUUCUUCAAGAAGUGGUUAAGAUGGGAUUUGAAAGGAAUCAAUUGAUUGAAUCUCUUGCAAACAGAAUACAAAAUAAGGGUACUGUAACAUACUAUUUGUUAUUGGACAACCGGUUCCGUGUAUCCAGUGGUUAUCUUGGAGCUGAAUUUCAAGAGACAAUGGAUUCUGGUUUCAAUCGGAUCCAUUCCAGUGAAGUUCCUUCUCCAGUUGUUGGACACCACAGCACAGGAUAUAUGGAUUACCAGGGAGUAGGAAUGCGGCAACAGUUCCCUGCUGAGAGAAAAUGGGCCCUUGGGCUUCAGUCUCGAGCACAACCACGUGAAAUAAUGACUGAGGUCCUUAAAGCUCUGCAAGAAUUAAAUGUUUGUUGGAAGAAGAUUGGACACUAUAACAUGAAGUGUAGAUGGGUUGCUAGCAUUCCCAGUCAUCAUGAAGGAAUGAUUAACAAUUCUGUGCAUAGUAAUCAUUACUUUGGAAAUGAUUCCAGCAUUAUUGAAGAUGAGGCUGUUUCUAAGUCAAAUGUGGUCAAGUUUGAAGUGCAGCUUUACAAAGCUCGUGAGGAGAAGUAUCUACUUGAUCUUCAGAGGGUCCAGGGCCCACAGUUUCUUUUCUUGGAUCUCUGUGCUGCUUUCCUUUCACAGCUUCGUGUUCUCUAGCAUAAAGCUCAUAAGUCACAAAGGAGCCCUCGUGCUGCAUGUGAAUAAACAUACAUUGUACAUACCAGUACCCAUUCAGUAUGGGUAUAUCUAUUUGUCGGUACUUUUAGCCUACCCCCAGUUUUUAUGGGUUAUCAUGAUUGAGGCAACCUGCAUAUGGCAUUUGCUUCCGAAAUCAUGGCGUCUGACUAGGUCCGUCUUUUUACCAGUUAAUUUAAUUUUCAUUAUCCCCUGAAAUCCCUGAGAUUUUAAUGAAAGCUUUCUCCUCCAACAGAGACAUCUGUUUAUGGUAUUGAACUUAUUGUUGUAAUUGACUGCUUAUGUCUGUUGCUCGGAAGCCGAGGGGUUGUUUGCCUAGGCUGCAUCGAACAUGAGCUUGCAGAUAAGCAUUUUCUCCCCGCUUCCCUACUCAAUUACUGCUCCUUUUAUGGAUGCAUUUUAUUUGGCAAAUCAUGGCUUAUGUAUUUUAGAAUCUGUGUAAACCAUAUUUUUUCGUGCAUUCUUAAUCAGUUAUGAUUAAUCAGGCUGCUUGAUGCUUGUGUUAUA